AUGGUGAUGCUCAGCUCCGACCUCCUCCUCCCCAUCCUCCUCCUCGUCCGCAUCCCGGGGGACUGUCGGGAGACGAGCGAGGAGGAAUCACCGAAGACGGAAUGCUGCCCAGGCCAGGAAAGUCAUGCGGUGUAUGACCCAGAGACGGGAAGGGCCCGUUGCCUGGGCAAUAGCUCUCGACCUCUCCUGCCAGACUGCGAAUCGAAGCUCAAUUUCUCUCUAUUGCCAUCCGCUGAAUCAUACCGUGACCCCAACUUUCCCUGCAACGCCAGCGCGAACCGCUCCUUCGGUUCGUAUUGCCACGACGACUUCGUGGUCAGGCACGAGGACACCCCCGUCAAAGCCGAGAUAUUUUGCGCCUCUCCGGUUCUCGCCCAGUAUCAAGCGAGGAAAAUCAUCUUCCCGAAAUGCUGUCCACGGGGAAAAGGCUUCGAUCUGGCUCAGAACAAAUGCGUCUCGCACUCCCUUCCUUUGACACUUCCUUCGUCACAUUCCGUGGUAGGAGAGACACGAAAUCAGUGCAAAGACGAUUGUGAACUCCUCGUCGACGACUUGUCAUCCAACCCCUGCCUCAAGUAUUACUUGUCUCCGGAAGAAAAUCCUUGGGAUUAUUACGAGUUCCGCGAAACAGGGCAACUGUAUGUCCCAGCAACGAAUGCCACGUACUCGAACGGGGAAUUUUGCCUCGACCGUGGGCGGAUCCCUAAUGGCUCCUGGGUCCAGCUGGCUAAGGUUUGCGACCCAGAAGAUAGGAAGGUCGAUCGAGAAUGUGAAGACAACGUUUGUGUCCAAAAAUGCUGCUCCGUGAUGGAUGUGUUAGACGUUUCGGAAGGGAGACCCGAAUGCAGGCCGGUUGAGACUUUUUACUUGACAGACAGAACUCUUCUCAGUCCCUUCCUAUCCUCUCAUGCCACGAAUAACGACAAUAAAACCAUCACGAUUCACCCAAAAUGUGAUGGAAACGACACGAGACGAAUCCUGCAGCCCCCGAUCAGCGCCAAGGACCCCAAAGCUCGUUAUUACUUGACCCAGUCCUGGGGCUUGCACUUCGAGGAAACCCGAUAUUGCAUCGACGAAACGCGGAACGGCAGCGAUCCGACGAGCCCCCAGUUCCUCGUCUGCUUCAAAGCGACCCAAGAGGACGAAGACCUCUCAGCCAUGAGCGAAACGAUGUUCCUCGCCCAUUCCGUGCUUCUCAUCGUGCUGGCCGCUUUCUUGCUCCUCACCAUCCUCUUCUACCUGGUUUCGCACGGGAGAAAGGGCAUUUCCGAGACGUGCCUCCUAUCCUACGUCGGCUGCCUUUUGGUCGCCUGCGUUGCCCUCUUGGUCGGCCAGUUCGGCGCUCGCUACGGGAUCCCCACCUCACUAUGCUUCUCCUCCGUCGGUCUCAGUCGGUCUCAGUCGGUCCAACUGACAUUUCUCCGUCUUGCCCUUCCAGCCCUUUUCACCUUCUACUGCAGCAUCGCAGCGUUCUCCUGGCUCAACAUCAUGAGCUUCGACCUCUGGUUGAACGUGGCCAACCCAUUCUCGUCCUUCAGGAGCGCGAUGAUGCCUUCAGAGAGGAAUAGGAUGCAGAAGAAGAAGUGGAUCCAUUACAGCCUUUAUGCGUUUGGGGUGCCGCUGUGCGUCGUCGCGGUCGCGUGCGUCGUGGAAUUCGCGCCGGGCGUUCCGCCCGGCGUCAUCAGGACGGGAUUGGCUCCCAACCCGCAAUGCUGGCUCAAAGAUCGCGAUGGGACCAUCUUAUACUACUAUGGGCCGAUCGCCUUGCUCCUCGUGGCCAAUAUCAUCUUCUUUGCCCUCACGAGUCGCUGCUUAUUCCUCCACGCCAAAGACACGGCUCAUCUGACGCGCAACCGACAGUCCGAAUCCCACAGCCGGAAUCGAGAGCAGUUUUGGUUGUACGCGAAGUUGUUCGUGAUGAUGGGAUUGAGCUGGGUCACCGAGGUCAUCGGUUUCUUCGUCAGAGAACCGAAGGAGCUUUUCCUCUUCACGGACGCCGUCAACAGCCUUCAAGGACUCUUCAUCUUCCUCAUCGUCGCCUGCAAGCGAAAAAACCUCGAGGUCCUGAAAAAGCGGGCCGACCGAUUGUUGACCCGACGCAAGAACCUGGACGAGACCUCCACCUCGGGGAUCGGCAGCCUUGGGGAGGGCGACGUCCGUCCCGAGUGGAAGAGCGGAUGCGCGGGUGGGGGCGGGAUCUCGCGGUCGGAGAUGUCGGAAGUGUCGGAGGUCGACACCUCGUCGACGACUCUGUCGCGGACUUGCACGUUUCAAUUGUGAAAGGCGUCGGAGGGGUGGGGACGGUUUUUCAACGAUUUCGGAGCGAUUCCUCGAGUGCAUCCGUUUCGUCUCUUGAGACGCUCGGGCCCGGAGAGAUUCGAGCGUCGGAGGGCGGGAACCGAGGCUGAGGCCGGAUGCCGAAGAUUCCUUCGCAGGGUCCGAAAUUCUCGGGAUUCUCCCUUUUCGCAUGGGGGGG